AUGUUCCACUGCAUCCCCCUGUGGCGGUGCAACCGCCAUGUGGAGUCCAUCGACAAGCGGCACUGCUCGCUGGCCGCCGUGCCCGAGGAGAUCUACCGCUACAGCCGCAGCCUGGAGGAGCUCCUGCUGGACGCCAACCAGCUCCGCGAGCUGCCCAAGCCUUUCUUCCAGCUUGUGAAGUUACGGAAACUUGGACUUAGUGAUAAUGAAAUCCAACGGCUCCCUCCAGAAAUAGCAAAUUUCAUGCAGCUGGUGGAACUUGAUUUGUCUCGAAAUGAUAUUCCUGAAAUACCAGAAAGCAUCUCAUUCUGCAGAGCACUACAGGUAGCAGAUUUCAGUGGCAAUCCACUGACUAGGUUGCCCGAAAGCUUUCCUGAAUUGCAGAAUCUAACAUGUCUUUCAGUAAAUGAUAUCUCUCUGCAAGCACUACCUGAAAACAUUGGGAAUCUUUAUAACCUGGCUUCACUGGAACUGAGAGAAAAUUUGCUGACAUAUUUACCUGAAUCACUUGCCCAGCUGCAGCGACUAGAAGAACUUGAUUUAGGAAACAAUGAACUUUAUCAUUUGCCAGAAACAAUUGGUGCACUUUUCAAUCUUAAAGACCUUUGGUUGGAUGGAAACCAAUUAGCUGAAAUACCUCAGGAAAUAGGAAACCUGAAAAACCUGCUUUGUCUGGAUGUUUCUGAAAAUAAAUUGGAAUGCCUUCCUGAAGAAAUUAGUGGUCUGACUUCUUUAACAGACUUGCUUGUUUCUCAGAAUUUACUUCAGGUCUUACCUGAUGGCAUUGGAAAAUUGCGGAGGCUCUCCAUUUUGAAGGUUGAUCAGAACAAACUGAUUCAACUAACUGAUUCCAUUGGAGACUGUGAAAGCCUUACUGAGCUAGUUCUCACAGAAAACCAGCUGCAGUCAUUGCCGAAGAGCAUUGGUAAACUAAAGAAGCUGAACAAUUUGAAUGCUGAUAGAAACAAAUUAACAUCUUUGCCCAAAGAGGUUGGGGGCUGCUGCAGUCUUAACGUCUUUUCUGUACGUGACAACAGAUUAUCUCGAAUUCCCUCUGAGAUUUCACAGGCCACUGAACUUCAUGUCCUGGAUGUUGCUGGAAACAGGCUGACGUAUCUUCCCAUUUCACUCACUACCUUAAAGCUGAAGGCUUUGUGGUUGUCUGAUAACCAGUCCCAACCUCUGCUGACAUUUCAGACUGACACAGACCCUGAAACAGGAGAAAAAAUUUUAACGUGUGUAUUACUUCCUCAAAUGCCUUCUGAGCCUGGUUGCCAAGAUAACCUACCACGAUGUGGUGCGUUGGAGAGUUUGGUAAAUGAAAUGUCAGAUGAAACAUGGAAUGAGCGGGCAGUGAACAGAGUCAGUGCAAUUCGCUUCUUAGAAGAUGAAAAAGAUGAAGAGGAAAACGAAAUGAGAACACUUCUAAGGCGAGCCACUCCACACCCUGGAGAAUUAAAGAACAUGAAAAAGACAGUGGAGAAUUUACGGAAUGAUAUGAAUGCUGCUAAAGGACUGGAUUCAAACAAAAACGAGGUCAAUAAUGCCAUUGACAGAGUGACCACUUCUGUGUAGAGUUUCAUCUCCAGGUUUUACCUCCUGUGUCUUCCCCUGCUGUUGAAAUGUUCCUGUUGUCUCCUGGGACCUCACUGAGCCCCUUCUUGUUUUUAACCAGAACCUGAUUCAUCGUCUCCAUACACAUGAAAAGUGCGGCCUGCUGGAAGAAAGUGCCUUAUUUCAUCCAGGCAGUGAACCAGUAAUUUCCAAAUCGAUAUUGUACUUUUAAUAGUCCUAGGCUUUUUUAAGUGUAAUACACUAUUGUAUGCAGAAUACAAUAUUUUUGUCUUAAACACAGGGGAAAUAAUGCUUUUCUUUUCUAGAGUGCUGGGAUAUCUUCUUCCCAGUGGCUGGAUGUGCUGGUGAGAAAUAUAGUUUUGUGGGAAAUUGAUACACUUUUUUAUUUUUUGGCAGCUCAGAUGGUGUAAAUUUUAAAUUUUUGUAUAGGACUUUCAUAGCAAGAUGAUGUAUUUCAUUUUUAAGAGAAAAUUUAUCUUGAGCGGUACAUAUUUUAGUAUUUGUGGAAGAGAACAAGUUUCAUGGACAACUGUAUUCAUUUGUUUGUACCACCCAUUGUGCCUUAUUGUGUCUGGUAUGUCAUAUUAGUCUUAAAUAUAGCAAUUCUUGAGGAAAGUGAGUAGAUUUGGUCUCCUGCUUUAGAUAUGUUUCUCUUCUUGGACGGUAAUUUGUUGGGAAUUUUACAGCAGAGAACUUAUGUUUAUAUUACGGGAUCUUAGGUUGUGAAGCACAAAUGUUAGUUUUGUUGUAAACAGAAUUAAGAUUAAAUGACCAAACAGCUAUUGUUUAUUACAUAAUGCACUCACACUUUAAUUUAGUUGUAAUGAAACAUCUUGGUUUGGAUGCCUUGUUGCAUUGCAGUCACUAGAAAUUCAUGCUUCCAUUGCUUUUUUUUUUUUAAAAUGUGCCAUCUGUAAAAUAACUUGAAAAACAACACGAUAGACUUUCAGAAGCACAGUAUGAAAUUAGU